GAAACAUGGCGGAGAAGGGAAGUCCUAAAGAGUCAGUGGCCAAGUACGCCCAGCGAAUUGACCCGAAACGGGAAAAACUUAGCCCGGAGCAGCAGGAGUUUAUGAGGAAAACGGAGAUGGCGCAAUGGCGGAAGAACGCAGGGAAGCUACGUGGACGCAACCUCGUCACUGGUUUAGUAAUAGGAGGCAUCGUCCUGGGCAUCUAUGGAUACACCUUCUACUCUGUGUCUCAGGAGAAGUUUUUAGAUGAACUAGAAGUUGAAGCAAAAGCAGCACGUGCCAGUUAUCCGAAAACAUCUGCCAACUGAAGAGCUUUGGAGAAGGCGGUGUUCUGAACAUCAAGAUGAACUUUUAAUCAUCCUUCAGUUUCUAGUGAUUCUGCUCAUAUGACUUCAGCAGUUAUAUCAAGCGCAUAUCUGCUUAUUUUUUUACGGGUUGUGCUCCCUGUACUCUUAACUGUUACCGAAGGCCUCUACAUACAUAUACAAGUUUGUUCAUAGCUUGUGUUUUACAGCACCCCUCCCUCAUGGAUAUGCCUAGAACAAUGCUUUUCAGGAUUAAAAAUAAAUGAAAAUUAUCACAAAAAUAACCUGACUUUCUAAAAGAUAUAUAUUUAAUAAAUAUAUAUAUCCUAUCAUACAUUGUGAUUAGUGAAAUCUGCUGUACAAAUAAUUAGCUAAAUAUUCUGCCUGCUGUACUUUUCUGGGCCUGUAACUGGGGCAGCAAUUCUCAAACCAUGUAACCUGUUCUGGGCCAAGAUACUCUCACAAGGGGUCUAUGUACCAUGUACAACUUUCUUUUUUGUGAUGAUAAUGUCGGUGUUGGAGAUGCCCGUGGUUUGUAAUAAAAUAUGACUUCAAUGAA